AUGUCAGACUCAGAGGGGUGCCAGAAGGGUGCGGAAGGUGCGAACCAAGUGGGAGAUGAAUUCCCUGGGGAGAGCGAGAGGCUGACAGCACAGUGGAGUGUGGAAGACGAGGAGGAGGCAGCGAGAGAGCGGCGGCGGCGGGAGCGGGAGAAGCAGCUGAGGUCCCAGGCAGAAGAGGGCUUGAACGGCACAGUCUCCUGCUCGGAGAGCGCGGGUCCAGCACAGGAAAACCACUAUGACUUUAAGCCGUCUGGGACUUCGGAGCUGGAGGAGGAUGAGGGGUUCAGUGACUGGUCCCAGAAGCUCGAGCAGCGCAAACAGAGGUCUCCACAACAGUCGUAUGAAGAAGAGGACGGUGGUGUGAGCGAAGCUGAAGUCAAACUGGAGCAGAUCCAGCUGAAUCGGGAAAGCCCGGAGGAGAUCCGGGAGCAGAAUGUGGUUAUCGGGGAGGAAGAGAGGCUGUGCCAGGAGGAAGAACAGGUCCAAGAGCAGGAGGAAGAGGAGAGAGCCGAGCAAGAGGAAAAGAAGAGAAGGAGAAAUGAAGAAGAAGAAGAAACACCAGAAAAACGCCAGAAGGCCCCAAGCCCUGCCAGCCUGGAAGAGGAGGAGCUAUGCUCUGACCACACUGCAGUGUGCUCCAUGAAGAUCACGGACAGAACAGAGUCACUGAACCGCUCAAUAAAGAAAAGUAACAGCAUAAAGAAGACUCAGCCUCCCCUCCCUGUGUCGAAGAUUGAUGACAGGCUGGAGCAGUACACUCAGGCUAUUGAGACAUCCACAAAGGCUCCAAAAUCUGUCCGACAGCCCUCUCUUGACCUUCCCACCACGAGCAUGAUGGUAGCCAGCACGAAAAGCCUCUGGGAGACUGGAGAGGUUGCAGCUCAGUCUGCCGUGAAGUCCCCACCCUGUAAGGAUAUCGUGGCUGGAGACAUCGUGAGUAAACGAAGCCUUUGGGAACAGAAGGGCAAUCCCAAAACCGAGACCAAUAUCAAGUCCACUCCUUCUGGCAAAAAGUAUAAAUUUGUUGCAACAGGCCAUGGCCAGUACAAGAAGGUGUUGAUAGAUGAUGCUGCAGAGCAAUAGCGUGCCUGGAGAACUCAUUAACCAGCUGAGCUUGGUCCUGGCUCGAUGCAACCCUCAAUGCCACUAUUUCCUCUGCUCCACAGAAGAUAAUUGAAGGAUGUUUCUCCUCUUCUGCCUGAUGUCAGUCUGCUUUGGUACAGCCUGACUCCUCUCGGGGUGUGAGCAAUACCCCAUGCUGCCUCCGGUUGGAUAAAAGGAACUAGAUCAGCUGGCAAAACCCAUCCCUGUUUUAACCUUCUAUGUGACUCUUCGGCUUUUUUUUUUUUAAUCUGGCUCUGCUAUGGAGAUGGGAGGCUGUGGCUCUGCUCCCUCUCUCCCUCUCUUCUUUCAAGUGUUGGAAGAGAGGGAUCUGCUGCCCUGCUGAGCUGGCAGGGCUUUUGCUACGUGAUGAAGAAUUUCUACUUUUGUGGCUCUUGGUGGCUGGGUGGUGGGAGAGAGGGAGCUCAAGAGAAACCUGGUAAAAGAAUCGGUGUUUGAAAGGAGGGCAAUGGGCAGAUCCCGAGUGUGAGGAGACUGCAAGGACCACUUGUCACCCUAUUGGUGCCAGCUGUGGGUAAAGUCUUCCCCUGUUUACAAUGCAGCCUCUGUCCCUCUACAACAUCUGCUUUGAGGGACUUCCAUCUACUGGUCUCUCUGUGCACAUCAAAUCAUAUUCAACUUAGUCCCAUUUUUUUCUUUAGUUCCCAGAUCAUCCUUUAAUCACAGUUACAUACCCAUGCCAAAAUGUUGCUGACACUUUUCCGUUUUGACAGUGGCAAUAGCAGCUUUGUUUCAAAUAGCUGCUGCCUUCCUCUUCCUGUCUAACAUGGAUUGGAGGUCUCCUUUCCCAGGUGAGGAGUGCUGACCACUGGUAUUUAUCUCCCUUCUCUGAAAAAGGGAUUUGCUUGUUCUCUAACCUGUGGGCUUCAGUGCCAGUGAUUGAAACACUUCUGAAUGUCAGAGGUGGUGGGCAUGUUGAUAACCUGCCUGCUAUGCUCCUGGAGGUGGACAGAAUAUCCGGGAAAUGGCUGCUGCUCUUAUGCUGGAAGCUGCCUUGGUGAAAGGGCAUCCUAGUGAGUUGUUGGGGGAGGUCAGGUCUUGCUGUGAACAUGGGAAACUGAGCCCCUAAAAAGUGGCACUCUGGCCUUGGGCCCAAGAUCUGUAAAUCAGCUCCCAGGGCUGUUUCUGAACUCUCCCACAUCUUCAUACUUCAUGGUGUUAGCAUGUCCCCCAUCCCCUCUUUAAAGUCUUAUUCCUACCCUCUUCCCAUGUCAACAUAAUUUUGCAACCUGUUUCUGCUAUCCUGGAAGGGAGGACAGCUUCUCUCUCCUGCUGCAUCAGUGUGCUUUCUGCUUAAAUUUACUGCGUCUUGAUUUUUUUUUUUGUAAGCAUUUAAUAAAAUUUGAGGAAGACGUAACGAUGGCAGCUCUGAGGAUUUUGUUGAUGUAGGAGUUCCUGCAGCAAAGCUGUUUUCCAAGACCUUGCAACUCUCCGCUUGAGCAGAAAGUGGAGGAGAAGAAACAUCAGGCUGAGUGACAAGAAGAAAAGGAGCUUGAUGCAUGCAGGAAAGGGGCUUUCUGUGUGCCUGCCCCAUUUAGGACAUCCUUGUCAUCUUGCUGCAUUCUUCAUUGUUAUUGGGGGUAAUUGACUGUAAAAUGGGAAUGAGCGGUGUUUGGGUGAGAGAUGGAGCAGCAUACAGAAGACUUCCCAUGGAGUGAUCAGUCAGGAGAAGCACAGAGC